AUGGAAUAUUUGCAUGGAAUCGAGCAGCCAUUAAAAUUUUAAAUUAAAUUAAAUCUUUUAUACAAAUAAAUGUCUUUGGUGUUGGAAAAGGCUGAUUCAUUCAGACACAUUAUUCGUAUAUUGAACACAAACGUUGAUGGAAAAUAAAGACUUGCUUAUGGUAUUAGAAGUAUCAAGGGUAUCGGCAGAAGAUUUGCUAUCUAAAUUUGCAAGGUAUUUGAUGUGAUUUGAUUCAACGUAUAGGUUCUCCGACUUGAUCUCACAAAGAGAGCUGGUGAAUUGACUGAUGAUGAAGCUCACAAAAUCACAGAAGUCAUCAAAUCCCCAGAGGCUUACAACAUUCCAAGAUGGUUUUUGAAUAGACAAAGAGAUUUCAAGGAUGGCAAGAACUAUUAAGUCACAACAAACGAAUUGGAAACCAAAUUAAGAGAGGAUUUAGAAAGAAUGAAGAAAAUCAAGUAUUUGAAUUAAAUUAAGUUAAGGUGUAAUCGUGGUUUGAGACAUCAUUGGGGAUUGAGAGUCAGAGGACAACACACCAAAACCACUGGUAGAGGAGGAUAAACACUCGGAGUCGAAAGAAAGAAGAAGUGAUUAAUAAUUUAUUAAAAAGUACAUUAAAAAUAAUAAU